GAAUUCUUUAAAGGAGGAGGACAUCGAGGAAGAAAUUCUUAAUGCAGAUGAGUACAAAUUCUUUUUGAACACCAAAAUACGACAUUUACGGAAAACAUUCGCAAACAAAUGUUAAGAAUUCCACAGUGAAGUCAAACAUUAACAAAAUGGCAGAUGCGACUUUAGUAAGUGGAACAAUAUGGGUCCCGUUUAAGUUACAUGAUCAUCAUAUGGAAAUUUACGGAAGUUCGGAACGUGAUCAAAAAUGGGUCGUAGUUAAUCUUGAAAAUGUUACAAAUAAUCCUCAUGCUAUGAUAGUGAUAUGGUACGACACGAAGACUUCAAGUUGUUAUGCCAGAAAAAAAAAUGAUUCCGUGAUUGCAGUUCAUACAAAAAUAGGAUGCAAAAUCGAGGAUGGACAUAUAUUUCAUUUGAAAGAUAACACAGGAUAUACUUAUCUUAAAGACGGAAAUGGAGAUACAUAUUUCAAACAGCAGGAUGGUUAUUUUCAUUUAAGAGAAAAUGGAAAUACUUAUAAAAGAGAUGACGAUGGAUAUAUGUACAUGACAACUGGAGAUGAAAUCGUUAAUUUGAGAAAUGGAGACGAAAUUCAAAUAACAAAAGGUAAAAUCAACCUUAAAUUUAUCAUCUCCUGGUGUGAAGAACAGAACGUUACAAAAGGGAACAAUGAACUGUCUACAGCUACAUAUUGGACAGAAAAGUUGAAACAUCAUCAGGAAAGUUUGCGGGAUGAUCAGGUAGAUACAUGUUGGAAUGUCCAAGAUCAUACAGAUAAUAUUGAACCAGGACGAUGGCAUGGAUGCCAAAUUAAUCAAAACCCCGCAAAAUUAAAAAACACCACGCUGUAUUCAACUGUAGUAAGGACUAGAAAUAAGCAGUUGACCAGUUCACAAGGUAAACCUUCGACGAAAAACAUGUCAGUUGUAUCCGCAACAUCCAUCAGUGGAGACAGGAACGUUAUUACGAGACAACCUGGGAUGGACCACAAAGGAAGUGACAAAAGGCUUCCUAUGAAUGUUCCAAAUCAAGUCGAAUUCUUUAACAAACUGGAUCAUGGAAAAAGAGGAAAGGAACAACCUGUAGGCUUUUACAAAAGGAACAAUCCUGCAAAUUUCAAUACAAAUAAAAAUGUGACUGGACCAUUUGUUGGACAAACUUCAUGCAUUCCUCGUCAAAACCCGUCUCAAGGAGUACCAAUCAAGGGAAUUGCAAACAUGGGGUUAACCUGUUACGCUAGUGGUAUUAUUCAGAUACUUGCACAGACAGAUCUGUUUUUGAAGAAUGUUAGGUCAAAUGAUAAGCACCGGAUGCCAUUGGCAUAUUCUCUUUCGAGAGUACUGCUAGAAAUAAAUAAACCUAGUAACCAAACCGUAGUUGAAAGGAAAAACAUUCAAAAGGUUUUUGAAAUAAUAGAACAAGACCCUUCAUUUGUGAGUAGAAGUUCAAAUGAUUGCUUGGAAUUCCUGAUGUACAUUUUUGAAAGAUUAAACGGGGAGAGUAAAGAUAAUAUUUCAAUGUUUCAAAUCAAGCUGCAGAACGUGAUUCACGCUUCACCAUGCGGUCAUUUUGAACUUUGUGACAUUCAGUUGUCAUAUCACCUCCUUAUCCCACUGUACAGCGAGACGCAUGAUUUUCAGCCGUCAGUAAGGUAUGGUUUGAGGAAGCUGUUACAAGAAGGAGAAACAUUUUCCGGACAUGAACUUCCUUGCAGACGGUGUUAUGAAGAAAAAACUUCAAAAAAUGAUACUUCACACAAGAGUCUGUCUAUAAUUCACGCCCCUGAAGUACUUAUACUACAAAUUGGGAGAGUUCAACCUUUACAGUAUAGCAAACGCCUAUAUAAACAAGAUGCGUUCAUACAGUACGAUAGACAAUUGGAAAUUGCUGAAGAACACUGGGGACCAGAUGGAAAACCAGAUAAUAUUCAACGCUUUUACCAGCUAUACGGUGUUGUAUCACAUUAUGGUGAUGUUCAAUUUGGUCAUUAUGCUUGCUACGUGAAAAAGACACACUCGUCACAAUGGUUUUACUGCAAUGACUCCAACGUUAAUCUAAUUGAUGAAGAAAAGGUUUUUAAAAAUUCAGAUGCCUUUUUGUUGUUUUAUGAGAAAAUUCGAACUGCAUAAUAUACAAAUUAUGCUUACAACUAGACUAGAAAUGGACAUUGAGGCGUAAUGAUGAUGAAC